CCGCGGCCGCGCGUGGCAGUGAAAAUGGCCUUUCGCAAAGCCUACUCCAUCAAAGACAAGCUUCAGGCCAUCGAGCGCGUCAAGGGCGGCGAGCGGCAAGCCAACGUGUGCCGCGACUUCGGCGUGCCCGGCGGCACGCUGCGCGGCUGGCUCAAGGACGAGCCCAAGCUGCGCUGGUUCCUGGAGCAGCUGGGCGGCGAGGUGGGCACGCAGCGCAAGAAGAUGCGGCUGGCCAACGAGGAGGAGAUCGACCGCGCCGUGUAUGCCUGGUUCCUGGCGCUGCGCCAGCACGGCGUACCACUGUCCGGCCCGCUCAUCCAGGCGCAGGCCGAGGCCUUCGCGCGCCAAAUCUACGGCCCCGAGUGCACCUUCAAGGCCAGCCACGGCUGGUUCUGGCGCUGGCAGAAGCGCCACGGCAUCUCCAGCCAGCGCAUCUACGGCGAGGCCGAGCUUCCGCCGCCCGAGCCGGGCCCGCCGCCCGUGCCCAGCCCACCAGUCAAGGAAGAGCCGGUGCCAAGGCUGCCCAGGGCUGCGGGGCCGUUUUCGGCCCGCCUGUCGGUCCCGCUGCCCCCCGCUGACGGCGGCUAUGGCGACGAACAGAUCUACAACGCCGACGUCACUGGCCUCUACUGGAAGCUGCUCCCGGAGCAAGCGACGCCCCGGGGCGCAGGGGACGGAGACUGUGGCCGGCGUUGGCGGGGCGACAGGGUGACGGUGCUGCUGGCCGCCAACCUGACAGGCAGCCACAAGCUGAAGCCGCUCAUCAUCGGGCAGCUGCCCGACCCGCCCAGCCUGCGGCACCACAACCAGGACAAGUUUCCCGCCUCGUACCGCUAUAGCCCUGAUGCCUGGCUCAGCCGCCCGCUGCUGCGAGGCUGGUUCUUUGAGGAAUUCGUCCCUGGCGUCAAGCGCUACCUGCGCCGUAGCUGCCUGCAGCAGAAGGCCGUGCUGCUGCUGGUGGCCCACCCUCCGGGCCCGAGCCCGGCCACCAGGACGCCGGCCCAGGGCGAGAGCGAGGAGGCCCCCCUGCGGGCCCGGCCUGAGCCCCCGGAGGAGCUGCAGACACCCGAUGGCGCUGUGCGCGUACUGUUCCUCCCCGGAGGCAGCCGCCGAGCGCAGAUCCCCGCGCCGCUGGAGCAGGGCGUGGUGGCUGCCUUCAAGCAGCUGUACAAACGUGAGCUGCUGCGCCUGGCCGUGUCCUGCGCAGGAGGCUCCCCGCUGGACUUCCUGCGCGGCUUCAUGCUCAAGGACAUGCUGUACCUGGCAGGACUCUCCUGGGACCUGGUGCAGGCAGGCAGCAUUGAGCGCUGCUGGCUGCUGGGCCUGCGGGCCGCCUUCGAGCCCCGGGCAGAGGUGUGUGUGGGACCGCCGGCCAGCCAGACGGAGGUGACUGCAGAGCACAGCCGGGUGCUCAGCGACCUCUCCCAUUUGGCCUCCCUGGCGUAUAAGCGCCUGGCGCCCGAAGAGGUGGCUGCGUGGCUACACCUGGAUGAUGAAGGGGGGCUGCCCGAUGGCUGCCCAGAAGAUCCUGCCAUGCGCCUCUCACCCUGGCCUGUCCCCGAGGCCCCUGCACCCCAGGCCAGCCAGCCCCCACGCCUGGCAGGCGGAAGGGAGGCAAGAGAAGGGCCUACGGCAGCUGAGCGGGAAGAAACCAUGCUGCCCACAGCAGGAGAGGCCAUCCGGGGUCUGGAGAUGGCUUUACGGUGGCUGGAGAGCCAAGACCUCGAGAAAGUAGGGCCGCUGAAGCUGGCCCAGCUGCGUGCUCUCCUCUGCUUGGCCCGUCGCCUGGGGGGCAGUGCCUGAGGACGAGGUGUGGCCACAAGCCUGCCCCCCCAGGCCUUUAUUCCUGAUACACUUGAAGACGCAUUACUCCAUGUCCCCUCCUAGAUGGGAAGGGGUCCAUUGGUGGAGAGUCAUCUGCCACCCCACACAUAACCAUUCUCCACUCGGGAACUUGGGUCAUAUUUAGCCGAGGUCCCUGCAGGCCCCUAUGGGGCCAGCUUCUGGUGUGGUAGCGUGCCUGUCUGCACUCCCCGUUGUCUGUUACAUGCACUGGACAAUGGCCCAGACCAAGCCUGAUUCCUGGUGCUACGUGGCCACUCUCAGAGAUGCAUGCGAUUUGUUUUUGUCUUGGACACACUCGGUACAACUUAAAAAACACUCCCAAGAGGGCCCAGAGAACAGGCAGGGCAGUGGGCACUGGGUGCGGGCCAGGUGCUGGUGGUGUGUCAAGGUGUCUGUCAGUGACCCAGAGGGCUGGUACCCAGUGAUGCCCCCACCCCUUCUCCCUCCCCCAUAGGGCCUGUGGGAAACUCACUUGUUCUGGGGCCCGCUUUGUGCAGCCAAGCACCUGGGACCAUUAGCAGAGCCUUUGUGGCCUCCUGGCUCCUGCUUCCCCCGCCUCCCCAGCACACCAGUUUUGGCGAGGAGAGGGGCUGGUCUAUGCAAUACCAGCAGCUUCCAGAGGGGGCGCUGAAGCACAGCUUCUGUUACCAGCCCGGACACCACUGGAGCCAUGGUGCCCCACACAACUGUUCCUGGGGAACAUCGAGGAGGAGCAACUUCAGCAGGAGUCCAGGACUGUAAAGCAUCCCUUGAGCGGCCUCCCUGGAGAAGGGGUGCAUAGUCACUGAGCACUGGGGCUGGCUGGCCUCAGACCUGGUGGGCAGUAAGAGGGACCUGGCUGAGGAUGGUGGCACCAAGUGAGGGCUGACUGGCCCUGGCCAAGGGCGUGCGACCGACCAGCCACGAGCCUGUAGCCUAGGUUUAUCUCAUCAAACUGCCAGUUGAGCCUUUCUGGGCUGGCAGGGUCGACUGAGGUGCUGAGGACCCCUUCUGCGGCCCCCGCGUGUGCUGCUGAUGACCUGGGAAACCCCUCCGGGCAGUGUGAACUGUCAUCCUUCCAGAAAUGGAGCUUGAAGGGUCCUGAGUGCAGCAGGGAGGCAGGCUUCAGCCUUGCACCCUGUGGGUGGAGGAGGCUGCGACAGUCCUUACCCAGCCCCUCGUCCAAGGGAGGCCGUAACCCGUGCUAACUCCCACUGCACACCAGCCCUCCCACUUCAGCUGGGGCCCAGGGUGGGCAGUGCCCACAGUCUGACCCCAACAUGGCUUCCUAAACCCUCCACCAGUUACUACCAUGAAGGCCAGGGCGACCAAGGUACCUACCUGGCUUCUCAGGGUCCCAGGCCGCAGCAGUGGUAGCUGACACCAUGGGACAGCCCUGCUCCUGCCUGGCCCUGCACUGCCCAGGUGGCCUCCCACCUGAGCCCUGGCAGUGGGCUAGAGGUUGCAGCAAUGACUGUGGGUAAAACCUGGCGGGGCAUGGGGGGGAUUGGCCCAGAGGCUUGCCCAUGCCCCUCCUAUGGGCCUCACCCUCUAGCCAGGCCUUCCAGCAGAGCACAUCUCGUGCUGGGGGUGCCCAGUCAAGGCUUAGACCCAAAGGCACCCGUGCAAGGGGACUGCCAGCUCCAGUGACAGGUUUGGUGGGAAGUCCUUUAACCUCCUGGAAACCAAGUUAACCUGGCUGGCAUCCCUCCCCCAAGGACAGUGAUUUACAAUAAAGUUUCAACAUGGGAACUCCCUUCAGGGAGCAGA